AUGGAAGACCAGGGAACACAAGAGAAGAGUCUCGCCCACUGCGCUGCACCGCCGUUGACAGCGGUGGAGAGAUUCUUAAACAGUCAAAAGAACGAUACCUUGUGUUUCAAGACACAAGAGCGUUCUACAGACAGACCGAUUUUGAAGACGACAAGGGCGACUGAGAUUAGAAAGGACAAUAAACAGAACAUGAUGUUUGGUCCGAGGAAGGAGAAAAACUUGGCCGUUAACAACGGAAACCGAAACGUUAUUGGGGAAAUGAUCGUUAAAGGUGGUACAACUAGAGAUUAUCAAAAGAGCACUAAUUGCAAGAAGCGACCAUACAAGAAUCUGAUCAAAGGGCAAUGGACAGCCGAAGAAGACAGGAAGUUGAUAAAGUUGGUGAAGCAACAUGGAGAUAGGAAAUGGGCAAUUAUCUCGGAGAAACUUGAGGGAAGAGCAGGCAAGCAAUGUCGUGAGAGAUGGCAUAAUCAUCUCCGUCCUGAUAUCAAGAAAGAUAGUUGGAGUGAAGAAGAAGAGAGAGUUUUUGUGGAAGCACACACCAGGAUCGGGAAUAAGUGGGCAGAGAUCGCUAAACUCAUACAAGGACGAACCGAAAACUCGAUCAAGAACCAUUGGAAUGCGACCAAACGACGCCAAAACUCAAAACGCAAACACAAGCGCUCGAGAAACGCCGAUAGUACUAACAGCGACGUAGAUGAUCUCUCUCCAUCCGCUAAAAGGCCAUGCAUUCUCGAAGACUAUAUUAGAAGCGUCGACAACAAUGACAAGGGCAAUGGCCAAAACAUCAUCACUGCUACUGGUGGUAGUAAUAUAUUUCUUUCUACUCCGAAUCUUGAAGAUGUAGACUCUACAUCGUCACUCUUGGAUGAUCCUUAUGACGAAGAGCUUAUUUUCCUGAAAAACAUAUUUGCGAACCAUCCAGUUUCUCUCGAGAACAUGGAUUUGAGCCAGGGAUCGGAUGAGAUAACCCAGUCUUCUUCGUCUGGGUUCAUGUUCAAGAACCCUAACCCUAAACCUAAUUUGCACAACAAUAUUGUUGGGAAUCAGCUUGGAACAAUGGUCACAGAACCUGCCAUUACUUCGCACCUGGCAUCUGACAUCUACUUAUCUGAUUUGUUGGAUGGUACGGCGUCGUCUUCUUCACUUUCUUUUAUGUCUUCCAACAAUAGUAGUGAGCAUGCAGCUGAAAACGAGUUGUUUGUGCCGCAAGCUAACUCCACUAGUGAAAGAAGAGAAAUGGAUCUGAUGGAGAUGCUCUCUGGUUCUUCUACAAUAGGUAGUACUAGUAACAUUUGGUUUCCAUUGUUCUAG